AACAGAAAAAUAAAAAAUUGAAAUUAAUGUUUUCUGAUUUUGGUCCACUUGGUUUUUGCCUUUUAUAGGUAAUAUAAUAGUAUACUUAAUACCUUUAUUGUUUAGUAUAUAACUUCACUUGUAGAACUACACUACUACGAUGCUAUGGGUCGUUUUGUUGUUAAAAAAAUAACAGCCGAGGAUGAUGAAAAUGUCGAGAAGUGUGCUAAAAUUCAAAAUAAAAAAUGGUGUUACCGGGUAAUUCCAUGUCAGAUUCAUUAGAUGAUACUAGUGAAGGUGUUGGAUUGGGAUGCUGUUUAAUACUUUUUACAGAAUGGAAACAAGUUCUUGGACUCAUUGAUGAAUUACCAGAAUCAUAUACAAAUGAAAGUUUUAGUGAAAAGUCAUAUGAGCAAUUGAAAUAUAUACUUAAUCAGUAUACAGAACAACCACAUUUGAUUGAUCCAUAUUUAUGUGAAAUAUUGGAAAAAAUUUUGUGUAUUGUCCGAGAUCCAACAAAACCAUCUCAAUUAAAGCAUAAGGCAUUUAGUUAUUUGUUUUUGAUUAUUAAUGUUCGAGGUUAUAAAGUAGUCUUGCAAAAUUUGCCUCAUGAAGUUUCUGAUUUAGAAAAAGUUUUAAAAAUGUUAGAAGAACAAAAUGAAUCUGAUCAUGACUCAUGGGAAACUCGUUAUUGCUUAUUAUUGUGGCUCUCUAUAAUUGUUAUAAUACCCUUUGAUAUGCGGAAACUAGAUGGAACCAUGCAUAUAGAGUGUAAAACUACCUUACAAAGAUUAGUUGAUGUAGUCAUGAAAUAUUUAAGUUCUGGUGAUGCUUGUAGAGAUAUGGCUACAGUUUUAGCAACUCGUCUUUUUACACGAUCAGAUGUUAAAGAAUCCCAUCUUCCAAAUUUUCUAUCUUGGGUUAAAUUAAAAAUAUCAGAUGAAAAAGCAACUCGAUGGGAAAGGUUAGGUGCAAUGAGUAGUAUUGCUGCUAUUUUUAAAGCUGCUAGACGAGAAGAUGCACAACAAUUUGUAGAAGAUAUAUUUGAAUGUUUAAAAAAAUCAAAAUGUAAAAGUGAUACUUUGAGGUUGACACGGAAAUAUUAUAUGAAAAUUGUUCAAAGAGCUGGUUUGACGUUAUUGAAAGUUCGAGUUGCAGCUUGGCGCUAUGAUCGCGGAACUAGAUCAUUGGAACAGAAUUUAUUAAGUAUUGAACCAAAGGCACUUGAAGCAAAAAGUGUUCAGAAUACAGAGGAAGAUGAUGACGAUGAUGUUUCUCCUAUUUUAGAAGAUAUUAUACAAGAAUUGAUAGAGGGAUUAAAAGAUACUGAUAUUAUUGUCAGAUAUUCAGCUGCUAAAGGAAUAGGUCGAAUAACUGGUAGAUUAUCAAAGACAUAUGGGAAUGAAGUAGUAAAUGCUGUAUUAAGUAUGUUGAGUCCAGAAGAAAAUGAUAAUGCAUGGCACGGAGGUUGUUUAGCACUUGCUGAAUUGGGUCGCCGUGGCUUACUUCUUAGUGAAAAUUUACCACUUGUUGUACCAGCUGUUAUAAAUGCUUUGGUGUAUGAUGAACCUAAGGGUUAUACUUCUGUUGGAUCACAUAUUCGAGAUGCUGCUUGUUAUGUUUGUUGGUCAUUUGCUAGAGCAUUUAGUACUAAAGACAUACAACCAUAUGUUGAAGAAAUUGCUGGUGCACUAUUAGCUGUCGCUUGCUAUGAUAGAGAAUUAACUUGUCGCAGAGCAGCUUCAGCAGCAUUUCAAGAGAAUGUUGGCCGUCAAGGUACUUUUCCUCAUGGGAUUGACAUUGUCACAGCAGCUGAUUAUUUUUCAGUUGGUAUGCGUAAUAAUGCUUAUUUAGAAGUGAGCACUUUUAUUGCGCAAUACAAAGAAUACAAUGAACUUCUUAUUAAACAUUUGUUAGAAAAAAAAGUAGUACAUUGGGAUACUUCAAUUCGAGAAUUAGCUGCAAUGACUUUGGGAAGACUUAUAGAAUUAAAACCAUCAAAAGCUAAAGAAUCAGUUUUAUCAGAGCUACUAUUGUUAGCAGAAACAUCAAACAUUAACAAACGGCAUGGAAGCGUUAUGGCUAUCGGAGAAGUAUUAUAUGGAAUAUCUAAAACUCUUGAUCUUAAUGUUGAACUGGGAGAAGAACUUUUAGAAAAAAUUAUUAAUCUUGUUCUCAAUUUGAAAAACCAUGGGAAAUUAAAAGGCAUCAGUAGUGAAUUAGUGAAAAUGGCGUGUUGUCAUCUUAUUAAGCUCAUAGCUAUUAGCAACAUCAUUGUUAAAGACAAACAAAUUAUAGAUGAAUGGAGAUUGUUGUUAGAGGAUUGUCUGACAAAUGAAUUAUUAGAUUUACGAAGUAAAGCUGCUCAAGCUAUUGGACCUCUAUUUGAAAAAUAUAUAGUUCUUGAGUCUACUGAAACUUGUGAUAUAAUCAAUAUGUAUAUGAAUAAAUUGCUUUCUAAUAAUAUGAUGGAACGUAUUGGUUAUAGUUUGGUAUUAGGAUCAUUACCUCCUUCAUUUAUACAUAAAAAUAUCCAACAAAUAUUGAAGAGCCUCAUAGGUUGUACUCAAAUAACUCGACUGACAAUCAAAUGGGCUGAAUCUCGAAGAGAUGCUGUUAUUGCGAUAACAAAAAUUUGGUCUAAACUAAUUAAAACACCAUGUUAUGUGGAAAAAUGUGUUGAACAUUCAAAUAUUAUUUUGUGUUGUUUAAUAAACUGUGCUUUAGAGUAUACCAUGGACCACAGAGGUGAUGUAGGUGUAUGGGUAAGAGAAGCAGCUAUCAAUGGUUUAGAAAUAGUAGUAUUGGAUUUGACUGAUAUUCAAUGUAACGUACUUAAUGAAUGUACAAUGAAUCAUAUUAUGAGCGCUCUAGUAAGACAAGGUGUUGACCGUAUAGACAAAAUUCGAGGACUGUCUUGUAUGGUGAUAACAAAUUUAUUACACAGGAAAAAAAAUAUUGUUCCAAAUAUUGCUCAUAGAGAUGAACUUGAGAGAUUAUUUAAAAAAAAGGAUUCAUUCAACUGGUUCACAGAAUCUGACUCAUUUUCUGUUAUGGUGAAAUUUCUUAGUAUGCCGGAAUACAAAUACUCAGUAUUAGUUGGUCUAUUAGUAUGUAUUGGAGGUGUUUCUGAAAGUCUAGUGAAAGAAGCUUGUCAUCAUUUCACUGAACAUAUGAAAUCAGUUACUGAUGAUGAAUUUGAAAAAUUAUGCAGUGAUAUUAUUGCUGUAUGGGAAGGUAAAGUAUUGGAAGUUGAAGCAGAUGAAAGAAUUCAUCAGUGCAUUUUGAUGUCUAUUGAACGACUAGCUACAGCUGGAGCUUUUAAGGAUCAAUUUGAACGUAGCGAAUCAGAAUUUGCUGCCAAUAUAUUAACAUUUAUAAAAAAAGAAGCAAUUUCUUCCAAAGGGUCAACCAAAUUAAUAUCGUGUGUUGAAUUGCUUUGUCAUUUAGUUCAGGUUCCUGGAUCUGUUGGUGUACGCUCAAUGACUCAACUAUCAAUAUUCUUAGCACAUCGUUUUGCCUGGUUACGUAAAGUAGUUGCAGCUCGACUAGUAGAAGUCUUAAUAGUUUAUUCUGACAGAUUUGGAGUAUCAGAUAAUAACAUAAAUGAAGUUAUUGAAUUACUUGAAGAAUUUGAUUGGCAAGAAUCUAGUGUAGAAAAAGUGAGGAGUGAGCGAAACAAAAUUUGCAAUCUUCUAAAUAUACCUAUUCCAAAAGUUGUUGUGAAAACCUAAUCAAAUGCACUAUUAUUUCUAAUUUUAUUUUUAAUGUUUUUUAUAUUAACUUAUUAGCAUUUGUGAUGUAUUCAUUUUAUUUUUUAUAAAUUGUUUCCAGUUUUUACUGUCUACUAUUAACUUUAUUCUAAUUAAAAUUUUCAUUUUUUUAUAUUAUAAAAUACAAAUUCU